AUGUUUUAUUUUCGUUUAAUUCGACCAAAGACGAUCAUUCCUCGAUCAACACCUAGUCUCAAGCGUACAGUGACUUAUGAACCUUCUAAGCCAUUCCCACCACCACAACCUACUCGACCAGUUGACAUGCUGGAUCAAAAAAAAGAUGACAAAAAGAUUGCCAUGUCACCCACUUUAGAUGCUGUAGCAGAGGACAUGUCACAUAAAAAGAAUGUUUCUUUUAGACAAAGUCAUCAUUUCGACACUUAUAAACUAUUGACUCAACUCGAAAGCCAAGGCUUCAGUCGAAAGCAAGCUGAGGUUAUAAUGAAAGGCAUCAAGUUUCGUCUAAGAGAAUGUACGGCCUCAAUGAAGCAGCAACUCUUACUAUCCUCAGACCUAGAAAAUGAAUCCUAUUUAUUUAAAGCCGCUUUAUCAGAGUUAAGAACGGAAAUACAAGUACUCAGGAGAAAUGACAUGCAGAUGCUUCAAUCUGAAUUAACAUUACUAACGAGGGAGGUGGAUAUAUUAGAGCAGAGGCUCAAUGAAGGAGUUGCUACCAUGAAAAAUGAUAUACAAAUGGAUAUGAAUAAUCGAAAGAACGAAACAAGGGAGGAUCAAAAGACGAUGGAUAUGAAAAUACAAGAAAUAAACAAUAAAUUUACAAUAAGACUUGGUGAUAUUCGUACAGAAAUAGAAGCUGUUCGAUGGGAAACUAUAUGGAAAGGAAUGACCGGUGUUUGCUUAGCUGGGUUGACAAUAGCUACGUUAGGAUAUCUAUUGACAAGAUACACUGCUAGAAAAGCAGAUAGAAUUAGAUUAGAAGAAGAAAGGAAGAGAAAAAGAUUACAAGAAGAGGCCAAUAGAGCUGGUACAUUAGAUAUGGAAGUUAUUUAUUAA